CUUGAGGCCGGAUUGCAGGGAAGCUAUACCAGGAUAAAAAGAAGGGCGAGAUUGAGAAGGCUCUUGAAGCAGAUAAGAAAGUUGGCAAAUAUCCCGUGAGCAUACAACCACCGAGUCGCUAAAAAAGCAGUGAAUGGUGGAAGGAUCCGUGAAUGUAUUCUACUCUGGAGUUUACAUCUGGUGCUAUUUAAGAAGUUGAAUGCGAGGAAUCUCACAUGAUAACCAUCAUUUAAGUUCUAAAAGCGGCGUAUUUAAAAAGUCUGCUUCGCUUCACGGAUAUAAUCAUGAGGUCGAAAGCAAAAGGGCGGAAAAAAAAAGCUCAGUGUUCUUUAAUUUGGCGACGCAAAGAAACACAUUAGUGCCUUAGGCUUCACGGUUUUCACACGCUAUUCUCAAACUCUCUUCCAAAAGGAGGGAAACGAAUCCUCCCUUUACAUUGACGAAGGGAGGAACAGAACAUGGUAGUAAGCUGCACACUGACAUGGCUGCUAGUAGUAGCAAAGACUCAACAGAGGGUGCUCAUCCCACUAAAAUCAAAGGAGUGCCCACACAUGGUGGUCGCUAUGUUCAAUACAAUGUGUAUGGUAACUUGUUCGAGGUCUCCAGUAAGUACGUGCCUCCCAUUCGCCCCAUCGGUCGCGGCUCUAUCGGCAUUGUUUGUGCUGCUAUGAAUUCAGAGACACGCGAGGAAGUUGCCAUUAAGAAGAUUGGAAAUGCAUUUGACAACAAAAUAGAUGCCAAAAGAACAUUGAGAGAAAUCAAGCUUCUUCGCCACAUGGAUCAUGAAAAUGUUAUUGCUAUCAGGGAUAUUAUACGACCACCAAAAAAGGAGGCUUUCAAUGAUGUGUAUAUUGUUUAUGAAUUAAUGGACACUAAUCUUCAUCACUUUAUUCAUUCAGAUCAGCCGCUGACUUGCGACCACUGCCAGUACUUCUUGUAUCAGUUGUUACGAGGACUGAAAUAUGUGCAUUCGGCCAAUGUCCUGCAUCGUGAUCUUAAGCCCAGCAAUUUGCUUCUCAAUGCAAAUUGUAGUCUCAAAAUUGGAGACUUUGGAUUGGCAAGGACAACAUCUGACACAGAUUUCACAACUGAGUAUGUUGUCACUCGUUGGUACCGAGCACCAGAGUUGCUCCUUAAUUGUUCUGAGUACACUGCAGCAAUUGAUAUUUGGUCUGUCGGUUGCAUCCUUGGUGAAAUUAUGACCAGAGAGCCUUUGUUUCCUGGAAAAGAUUAUGUUCAUCAGCUGAGGCUUAUCACUGAGUUAAUAGGUUCACCUGAUGAUGCUAGCCUUGGAUUUCUCCGAAGUGAUAAUGCUCGAAGAUAUUUUAGACAGCUUCCAAAAUACAAAAAGCAGAACUUCUCAGUGAGGUUUCCUAAUGUGUCUCCUGGAGCUGCUGAUCUGCUGGAAAAGAUGCUUGUUUUUGAUCCCAAUAAGCGCAUUACAGUUGAUGAGGCACUUUGUCACCCAUACUUGUCAUCUCUUCAUGACAUCAACAACGAGCCUGUCUGUCCCAGGCCUUUCCAUUUUGAUUUUGAUCACCCAUCAUGUACUGAAGAGCACAUCAAGGAGCUCAUCUGGAGGGAAUCAGUGAAGUUCAAUCCGGAUCCUCCAGCUUAUUAGGAGGAACACAUUGGGAAGAGGGAUAAUAUCUUUCCCUUGACCACACUAUUGUCUAUCAGCAUUUCCUGGGAGUACCUGAACCUCGCAUUCGUAGACUAUGAAACGUGAAGUUCAAGGGCUAUGGGUGCUUCUAGUUUUAUCCAUUAAGUGCAUAUCUUCUGUAAGUAGUAGUACUAGUUGGGAGUUUUAGGGGUAGGAGCAUAUGAAAGAUUGAGGCAUUAAGCAUGUUGUGUUGCUCAUGGAUCUGAUUUCUAUUUGCCAUAUCUAUAAUAUCUAUUUAUCUAUAUAUAAUAAGGCUGGUCUCAAUAAAUUUUGACACUUGAUGGUUUAUAUCAUCAACAGGUGACUUUCUGAUAUUUUCUAAUAAAUUUGUCUAAACUAUCCUCUUUUA